AUGCCCACCAACGGUCACGAUCAUGAAGAACUACCACCAAGUUCCUGGGAUAUGAGGACAACAGGAGUGAAUAACAACAACCAGCCUAUCUAUGAAAUAGACCAAUUAUUCUAUGUAGUCUCCCUGGGGUAUGCUUGGAUUUUUCCAAGAUUUUUUAGGAGGCUUAUAGAAUUUGUAUUUUUAUUUGUGGCUGUUUUGUCAUUUUUUGUACUUGUUUAUUCGCACAUGAAUUUCUUACAAAUGCCGGCCAAUUGUUUAGACCAUGUUAAAGAUGUUUGGCCUAGAGAUGGUAUACUCCGAGUGGAGAUUAUUCAAAGUUACCAACGUAGUCAUGCAGAACAAUCAGGAACAAUCAACGAAUUGUUCACGGUUGAAAAAUCAUAUGAACGUGAAUAUAAAUUAAAACCUCUGUAUACAAGUGAUGAAAAUGCACCAUUGUUUAACCAAUACACUAAAACUAAUAACCUUGAGAACAAAGGAGAGAUUGAUAUUGAACCAUUUACAGAAGAGUUAGUUGAAAAUAAAUUUCAAGAAACAUCUCAAAACAGCCAAAAACCGAAUGAAAAAAAAGAAAUUUUUAGCACUAAGGCAAAUCGUCAUACCACCAGUAAAUCAAAUUUUUCGCUAGAAGAAGACUCGGCACAAUUUUGUUCUACCAAGUAUCCACUAAACAGUUCUAUUAGAGGUGUAUUGGGAAUCAAUAGUAGUUCAUUAUUCCAGUCGACAAGUACUGMAUCACCUCCGAUUGAUGAAAAUGACGUAAUAUUUUAUGAGAGUUACAUUGUUGAAUAUUCAUUGGAUUGGAGAUUCUUGUUUAUGUCGCCCAACACUAGAAAUCAAUUAGGCAUUCCUGUUAUGCUAGUAACCUUAGAGCCUACUCAGAACAAGUGUUUUGGCGAUUCAAUUAGUCAGUUUUUCUUGAAAUUUUACUAUGGCUACGAUGGUUUACUGAUGUCUUCCGUUAAAUCACUAGUUGAAAAAAAUGAACAAAACAAAGGAUUUAUAAGAUACGUCAUUACUGAGAAAUAUUACAGAUUUAUGAACAUUGAGAUGUCUAGAACGUCAUAUAUUGCAUCAUUCUUUGUAAUGGUUAUAUUUUUAACCAAAAAGGGUAUGAUUUUCAACAACCCUAUUAUGAAGUGGGGAAUAUUAUUGGUAUCGCAACAAGGUAAGAGAUUGUGGUAG